AUGUUUCGUCGUAGUCCAUUCUUCCUACUGCUCAUAGUUUCUCUAAUUCGUUUUGCCUUUUCUUGUCCGUCGCUCUGUUCUUGCCGGAAUGAACGCCUUGAUUGUUCCCGAAGAGGACUGAACACCUUCCCUCAUAAUAUCCCUCACAAUAUCCAUGUCAUAGAUGUUUCUGGUAACAAUAUAGAGAUUUUCAAUGUGUCCUCUCUUCAUAAGAAAGUAACUAGCAUAAAUGCUUCUGAUAAUCAAAUACGAGAAAUUGAUGGUCAUCUACAAAACUUUAUUAAAUUGGCAUAUCUAAAUUUACGGAAGAACUUUCUGGCUGUAAUUCCGACAUUCCACCCAUCACUUGAAAGAUUAGACUUAAGUUCUAAUUUGAUUUCAAAUUUGACUGAAGAGAACUUCAUAACAAUUUCUCGCAUUCGUUUCGUUGAUCUCUCAAGAAAUAAAAUCGCCUCCAUUCCAUCCUUGUCCUUUUCCGCGAACAAUCAAUCUGAUUUGGAAAAGUUGGAUUUAACUGCUAAUUCUAUUCAUGAAAUCCAAAACAAUGCUUUUCAAUGUUUUCCUAAUUUGAUUUCCUUACGAUUGUACAGGAAUAAAAUCCAGCACAUCGAUAGGAAUACCUUCCAAGGUUUGAGAAACUUGGAGAGCUUGGAUUUGGCAAGGAACCAGAUAAGGAGCAUACCAGCUUUAGCUUUCAAAAUUCCUUCAUUAGUUGAUCUUCAUUUAGCCAAAAACAGAAUUCAGAACUUGGAAGAUGGCAGUUUCUUCGGUUGCGAUUCCCUUCAAUCGCUCAAUAUUUCUCAUAAUCGCCUGAAUAUCGUGUCGGACGGGUGGCUUUUUGGCUUGGGAAACCUUCAAACUUUAGAUCUCUCUAUCAAUCAGAUUCCCUCAUUCGAUCCGAACAUUUGGAGUCAAAGCCCAAAUCUUAGGUUUCUUUCUAUGGAGAGAAAUAUGCUACGGAGUUUACCCUCCGGAGCUUUUCGUCUCAUUCCGCGAUUGGAACAUCUUUUCUUGGGUGGCAACUACUUGGAAACUCUUCAUAAAACCGCACUCACGGCACUGGAUAGUUUGAAAACACUAGAUUUAUCAGCAAAUGCGUUGGCCAUAUGUGCGGAAGAAGAAACAAUUAUUUACAAUACUUCCAUGCCUUAUCUUAGAUCGUUGAAACUGUCCUCGAAUCAGCUCAAAGUUGUUCCGAGUCGAGCUUUUGCCAGGUUUCCGGCUUUGGAGAAACUUGAUUUGACCAACAAUCCCAUCGCCACUAUUCACGCAGGGGCUUUCGAACCUCUUCGACUGAAGGAACUAAAACUCAGUUCAUCCUUCUUGCUCUGUGACUGCCACAUGUCUUGGUUCGCUCAAUGGUUUUCAGUUUCGAACUUAAACCGUAGUCAAAUUCAAUUGCAUUGUUCUUAUCCCAAAAUAUUCCGCGAUAUCAACAUGCUGUCUAUAGACUCGGCCAACCUGACCUGCUUUGAUGACUCACCGCGUGCUCGUAUUGUGUCCAAUCCUGAAGCUGUCGUUCAUUUGACAGUAGGAGAUACAGCUCGUUUUACUUGUAAGGGAACCGGAUAUCCUCCCAUAACAACAGAGUGGAAAAUCAUUGAAAAUGGAAAAUCGAGAACAUUAGUGGAAGAUUCAACGACAAAAAUAAUUGAAAAUCGUAAAGCAGCUGUUCUCAAUGACACUGAGCAUGUAUUGGUGGAGAGCAUUCUUGAACUGAAUCAUGUAUCUCUACAAGAUCGAGCUGAGUAUCAAUGUUUGAUUAGCAACCAGUUUGCUAAAGGGUUCAGCUUAAAAGCUCAGUUAGAAGUCAGCCAAGCUCCUAUAUUCGUUCAUGAACCUGAUGACAUGUCGCUGUUGGUUGGACAGAAUGCGAAAAUCAUGUGCGCUGCUACAGGUGUCCCUUCACCAAUCUUGAAAUGGUCCAAAGAUGGUGAUCAAUCAUUCCCUGCAGCUUUCGAGCGUCGAUUACAUGUACGUCCCAAUGAUGACCAUUUAUACGUAUUGAACGUAACAUUAGCAGAUCAAGGUGUUUACACAUGCCAUGUGAGCAAUGAUGCUGGAAGUGCACAAGCAAGUGCAACUCUUCGUGUUUAUCAAAACAAGUUCCAACAACCACUGAGAGAUUCUGUUCUAACAGAAAAGGAUCAUUUGCUCUUGGAUUGUUCUGCUGAUAUUUCCACGUCUCACCAGCGCAUAGAAUGGAAAAAGAAUGACAUUCUUAUACCGCCAACUGAUCUGAGAUUUGUCUGGAAAUCUGAUAAUCAGAUUUUGCUCUUACCAGAGAUUGAGUACGAUGAUGGAGGAUCUUAUUCAUGCGAGUUAUGGGCUGGACCUCAUUUCUUAGAUCGACAGCAAGCAAAAAUAGAAGUUGUUCGUAAGAAGGAGAUAUCGAAGACUGACAUUAAGAGACGACGACGUUGGCUUCCGAAUGGUCUAAUGGCCGUUUUCAUAAUUGGACUCUCAAUCUGUUUUAUUUUCCUAUUAUCACUUUUUUCUUCAAAAAAACGUCGACAGAGAAGAUUCAAAUAUGAUUUUGAGAAAGUCAAAGACGCUUCUCAACCUAAAACUCUUGUUUAA